AUGCAUAAUUAUAUAUUUCUAAUAUUAUUAUUCGCCUGGAAUCUCAUACUAUGUACUGCCAUCAACGAACAUCCAUAUAGAGAACAUCAACGAUAUCGUAGAGCUUCUAAUACUUUUGGUGAUGCUGAAUCUCCUCCAUUACUUGAUCUCAAUGCUACCGUUCCGUACAUCUUUAGUGCUCGUGUCUAUCCAUAUGGUCAAGCAAAUGGUGAUCUUCUGGCUUCAGCAGCCAUUGAACCAUAUCGGUUGGAAAAUCCAAUGCAUUUCUUAGGAAAUGUCUUUGAUACUAUUUACAUUCAUAAUGAUGGAAGUGUCGGUUUAACACCUAGCCACUCGGAAUCAUCACCAUUACCCAGUCCUCAUCCAAUGAUGGCCAUCUUCUGGCAGAACACCAAAGGAGCACGUGUCUUCUAUCGUGAAACAGACGAUCCAACAACUAUAAACUUAGCAUAUAAUGAGGUCAACAUUCAAUAUCGUUAUGGAUCGUCAUUUCGUGUAAAGAGUGUUGUUAUCAUUACUUGGGAAAGUGGAACACAUGUCGAUAGUUCGAAUACUGAGGGGAAUAUCUUUCAAUUAGCAUUGAUAAUUGGAGAUAAACAAACAUUCGCUCAUGUCAUCUACAGUCGUUUGACAUCUUACUUCAAUGCUGUGGCUGGCUUCUCUUCAUACAACAGCUCAUACUCUCUACCUGAUUCUGGUACUAACGAUGUCGUUUUAUUGGCAGAAAAGAGUGAUAUUGGAAUUCCGGGUGAAUGGUUGUUCCAAAUUGACGCAGAACAAGUUUAUCUAUGUGGAGCAGGUUUUAAAGGAUUAGAAUGUAUUGAGAGUUGCGCAUCUUCUCAAUGGUCCAAUGAUUGCUCACGCAGUUGCCAUUGUGAUGGAAACGAUCCAUGCGAUCAGGAGAAUGGUCGAUGUCCCAACGAUAAGUGCUCUCCAGGCUGGCACGGCUCUCCUAUAUGUGAUAAAGAUAUCGAUGAAUGUGUUGUUAAUCCGGAUAUAUGUCCAGUUGAACAACCUGAUUGUCUUAACACUCCAGGAUCUUUCCUCUGCCUCUGUUAUGAAUAUGAUGAAGUAACUAAGCUAUGCAAAGGAGCUACUUUGCCAAAAGCAUCUCAUGAACAGAUACCUGUUGAUGUUAUGCAACUAUCCCCUUCAAUGCACACAAGUACUACAACUCAAGCCAGUAUUCGUUUCCCUUCAAUUGCUAGAUCGUCUCGUAUUCAAGCUAAGACAUGUAAUUGCGACACCAAUGCUCAAUGUAUUGAUAACAAAUGCAUUUGUAAAAGCGGAUGGACUGGUGACGGCGAAAGCUGUCAUGAUAUUGACGAAUGUCGCAUUGCAUCGACGUGCCCCCAGAAAAAUACUCGCUGUGUUAAUGUUCCUGGAUCUUAUCAAUGCAAUUGUCUUCAUGGCUAUAUUUAUAAAAACGGUCAAUGUAACGAUAUCAAUGAGUGUGAUCACUCACCAUGCGGAAAUGAUGAGGCUAUGCAAUGCGUGAACUUACAAGGAAGUUAUCGCUGUCAAUGUCAAGAUGGUUUUCUCGGAAACUCCACUCUAGGAUGCCUCGAUAUAAAUGAAUGCGAGGAGUCGAAUGCUUGCGGUGAUCAUGCCAUAUGUUCUAAUACUAAAGGAGGCUAUGAAUGCGAAUGUGAAGAAGGGUACGAGCGAAUUAGCGAGACCGGUGGCUGCAGAGAUAUUGAUGAAUGUGCUAUUCAACCCUGUCACAGUGCUGCUCAAUGCAUAAAUAUGGAAGGAACUUUCGAAUGCCAAUGUUUAGAAGGUUUUAUCGGAGAUGGAAUUGAAUGCCACGAAACAAUUUUGUAUCCAAUAUCGAAUGAUUCUAUUGUUGUUCCUCGAUCUCCUUCUGAAGCUAUUGUCAGCGUUGUUCUUGCUCAACCUAUCAGAAUGUUCGGUCGAAACUGCAAAACAGUUUUUGUUUCCUCAAACGGCUUACUUUCAUUCGAUUCUCCAAUAGCUGGUGUGGUGAAUGAACCUUACAACUUGGGGAAGAUCGUGAUUUUCCCUUUACACACAACUUUCAAUUAUUCGUCCCAAGGAUUAGUUGCUUACACUUAUGUGAAUGCGACAGAUAAGGCUGCUUCAGCUUUAAUUACUCGAUCUUCUCUCUCCGUUAUAAACCAGUAUGGGCUUCUUAAUUUCCGAACACGGAAUCUUCACAUAUUCACGUUUGAUCGAAUGCUUCAAGCGGAAAGCAACAUGGUCAACUCCUUCCAAGUUGUAUUGGCAGAAUCCGAUUCAUCAACUGUCUUAACUCUAAUUUACGAAAAAGCCGAGUCCGCGACUGCCAUCAUUGGAAUCGCUACCCCUCAAGCUUAUCAUCCUUUACCAACUUACACGAUUGCGAAUCAAUCAAAUGUGGGUACACCUGGACGUUGGAUGUUCCGUGUAGAUGGACCAUUAGAUGUUUGUCCAACAGGCCAUGUUAACCCACCUUAUUGCAAUUCCGUUUGCCAAUCAGGACACUGGGGAAGUAAAUGCUUGAACGUUUGUCACUGCUCUGGUGGUCAAUCCUGUGAUGUUGUUUCCGGAAUUUGUCCCAAAGGCGUUUGUGCUACUGGAUGGAAGGGCGUUCAUUGUGAUGAAGACGUUAAUGAAUGUGAAGAAUUGGUCACUUGUGGAAAGAAUUCUGAGUGUGUCAACACUGCUGGAUCUUACGAAUGUCGAUGCUCUGAAGGUUUUGAGCUCGGCUCGAAUAACGAGUGUGAAGCUAUUGAUUACUGCUUCCUAGUCAAUAAAGCGCGCUGCCACCAGAAUGCGUACUGUGAAUCGAAAACGAGAUGUAUCUGCCAUCCAGGUUAUACAGGUAAUGGGUUCACCUGUACUCCCAAAACUACAAUCAAACUACUGGACUUCUCUAGUCAAUCUUCUCCGAAACCAGUUCCCAUUUCCACGAAACCAUCUCCGAACGCUGCUUCGCCUAUUUAUCCGUUCGUCAUGAACUCCUGGAUUACUCCGGAACUUCCUACACCAGUGACUUCAAAACCGACAGCUAAAACAACUUCACUGCCUACUCUGCCAACUACAAAUGCCACCGAAGAGGGAGAAACAGAGUCCUUGACAAUGUUAUUCUUGGCAAUGCCUGGAGCAUUAUGCCUUAUAUGGUUCGCAUUAGUCAUAAUAGUAAUCGUGAUGUGCUGGAGACACAAGAGGGGCAGAUCAGCUACUCACAAUACAUACGAUGAUAGAGUGGUGAAUGUGUGGAGACAAGCGAAUUAUAAAACAAAGAUGGAUGUAACUCCCAAAUAUCAUCCACCCAGAAGAAACUUAGCGAUCGAACCGAAAAUGAUUGCGUUCGACUACUAA